AACUUCUGAACAUAAAUUUAUAUUAAUCUUCAGCAAACCCAUACGGCCAAGGCAGCAUCAAGGCUCAAGGAUUUAAGGACACCGUCCGUCUAAAACCCAAAACAGGUCAAGAGGGGUUGGUGGGUGAGUCAUCACAGGCUUGGGAGCAAAAUGUUGAGAGCAGUAAAUUUUCUCAUCUUCUUUGCUCUCGUCGCCACCUGCUCAGAUGGAAGCAGAUCAAGAAUCAUCCCACGGCCUGCUCAGCCUCUUCUAUCCUUCAAAAUCAACGCAACCCAGCCGCUGAAUCAGAGGAGCACCUGUUCGUUUACGGUGAGCAUAAGGACGAGCUGUUCAUCUGUCCGGUACACCCGAGAUCGUAUCAGCCUCUCCUUUGGUGAUGCUUAUGGCAAUCAGGUUUAUGCACCAAGGCUAGAUGAUCCACGGUCUAGGACGUUCGAGCGGUGUUCAACGGAUACGUUUGAGAUAUAUGGACCCUGUACCUACCAGAUUUGUUAUUUAUAUCUCUACAGGAGGGGACGAGAUGGCUGGAGACCUUAUGAUGUGACUGUUUAUGGCUACAACACCAGGCCUGUUACCUUCUACUACGACGUUUUUAUACCCAGUGAAGUUUGGUAUGGGUUCAACAACUGUUACUACUACAGUGCUGCUGUAGAUAAGUCCGCUAUGUAGAAGUAGUAAUUAGUCAGUUCAGCCUACUUUAAUUGAACGGGGGUUUGUGUAAUUAUGUACUACUGCUACUACUAGUAGUAUAGCUUUUACCGAUGACUCCAGAGUUUUAUGCAGGCGAGUGCUGCUAUUAAUAAUGUUUGUAGUCGCUACUCGGUCAAUAAAAUAAAUUGCUGGAUCAAUAAAAGAUGAUUUAUUACGUACCUAGUCAA